CAUAGCAUAGUUGUCAAAUCGAUCGGUCGACUUAUUCACAUAUACAAUAAUACGGCACUAUUAAGCAAAGGGUUUUAUUUUUUUAAGAACUUUAGCCAUUUAAGAUAUGGAAGGGUCAGUUUCUGCCGAGGAUGGCACACCUCCGUGCGGCUGGGCAUGCAGCAACACCGCGCUUAAGAGAAUCCAGAAGGAGCUGGACGAGAUUACGAGGGACCCGCCGCUGUACUGCAGUGCUGGUCCGAAGGAGGACAACCUGUACGAGUGGUCUUCGACGAUCAUCGGACCCAUGGACUCCGUCUACGAGGACGGAAUAUUCAAUCUGGACAUAUUCUUCCCGGCUGAGUAUCCUUUCGCUCCGCCAACAGUCAGAUUUCGCACGCCCAUAUAUCACUGCAACAUCCACCGCCUGGGCUUCAUUUGUCUGGACAUCCUGAAGGAGAACUGGUCUCCGGCGCUGACCAUCUCGAAUAUUCUGCUAUCUAUUUGCUCCCUUCUCACCGACUGCAAUCCCGAGGAUCCGCUGGUGGCCAAUAUUGCCACGGAAUAUCUGAAGGAUAGAGCAGAACAUGACAAAAAAGCGCGCCUCUGGACCAAACGAUAUGCCAAAAACGAAUAGAUAAAAUCCGCCAAAUUAAGAGUAGUGGCAGCUUCGCUUCGAAUCGAUGAUUUUCAUGUUCACUACAUUGCUAUAUGAAAUAUACAUAUGCUGCUCCAUAAUAUUA